AUGGCUACAGACGACAGCAACAAGAACCUCCGGCAGUCGCCCAUGGAGUGCCUCCGCGACCUGUUCAACUGGAAGGUCAGAGUCGAGGAGACAGACCCCGUCACCGGCGUCACCACAGUCGAGUAUCGCGACCCGGAGCCGCUCAAGAACCCGUUCUCCAUGGCUGCCCAGCUGUCGGCAAGCAACUGGCUCUUCUUCCUGGCCGGCCUGUUCGCCUGGAUCUGCGAUGCGUUCGACUUCCACGCUCUGUCGAUCCAGACCGUCAAGCUAUCAAAGUACUUCCACCGCAGCAAGACCUCCAUCUCUACAGCCAUCACCUUGACUCUCUUGCUCAGAUCAGUCGGAGCAGCCGUGUUUGGCCUGGCCGGAGACAGAUGGGGCCGCAAGUGGCCCAUGGUGGCCAACAUGCUCAUCCUGGGCGCCCUCCAGAUCGCAACCAUCUACUGCGCUACCUUCUCCCAGUUCCUGGCCGUUAGGAGUCUGUUCGGUCUCUUCAUGGGCGGUGUAUACGGCAACGCUAUUGCCAUGGCCCUGGAGAACUGUCCCGUCGAGGCCAGAGGGUUGAUGUCCGGCAUCCUCCAGCAGGGCUACUCGAUGGGCUAUGUCUUUGCAGCAUGCGCCAACCUGGGAGUCGGCGGCGGCACGGACUCAUGGAAGGUCGUCUUCUGGAUCGGAGCCGGCAUCUCAUGCUUGUCCGGCGUUAUUCGAAUUUUCCUGCCCGAGUCAAAGCAGUUCCUGGCUGCGCGCAAGGAGCGCAAGGAAGGCAAGAAGAGCGGUGCCUCGCCCGGUAAAUUCUGGAGAGAUACCAAGGAGAUGCUGGCCAAGGACUGGAAGCUGGUGAUAUACUGCAUCUUCCUCAUGACCUGGUUCAACUUCUACAGCCAUACUUCCCAGGACAGCUACACCACCUUCAUGCUCACCCAAAAGGCCCUCAACAACUCUGCUGCCUCCCGUGCAUCCAUCCUCAUGAAAGCCGGCGCCUGUGUUGGCGGCACCAUCAUCGGCUACAUGUCCCAGUGGUUCGGCCGUCGUCGAUCCAUGGUCCUCUCAGCUCUCAUUUCAGGCAUCUUGAUACCUGCCUGGAUUCUCCCACACGGCGAACGCUCCCUCUCCGCCUCGGGCUUCAUGAUGCAGUUCUUCGUCCAGGGCGCAUGGGGCGUCAUCCCCAUCCAUCUCAACGAGCUCUCCCCCCCUGCCUACCGAUCCAGUUUCCCGGGCCUGACAUACCAGCUCGGCAACAUGAUCUCAUCUCCGUCCGCGCAGAUCGUCAAUGCCGUCGCAGAGUCCGUGAGCGUUAGAGGAGACAACGGCAAGCCAGCGCCGGCCUAUGGCGCCACCAUGGGAGUAGCCACAGCCAUCAUUGCAAUGGGUAUCAUGAUCACCACCGCCUUUGGACCAGAGAUGAGAGGCCGCAAAUUCGAGCUGGCCAAGGUAGCCGGACAUCUUCACGACGGUGAACAAGAGCAUGCAGGAAAGGAAGACCUCGAGUCCGGCAUGGUAGGAAGAUCACACGACGAGAAGAGAAGCGAGGAGGCGGAAGUCUCGGAGUCGGAAAAGGCGGUUGACAAGAGCUAG